GGAGACAGGCAUCGUCGUUUACAAGCGUGCUGGCUGUGCACAAUCACCGCACUGCGGUUGGGUUUCCCAGCCUCCCCAAUUGCAAUGGUAAAAUGGAGGCUCUGGGCCUUGAGGCUCUUCUGCUUUCACUACUACUCCUGCACUACUGCAGUCUUCUGCGCUUGUACAUAUCCGCCUGAACCCUGACUUUAACCCGUUUCUAUAUUUUUUUUUUGAUUCGCUCUUUGUUUACCGUUGCGUUGCCGCCGUUUCCCUUUUUGAUACCCCGACGGCUUCUUGGAUAUUCGUCACCAUGCGCGUUGGCAGCGGAGUCGUUCUCAGCUUGUUAUCUUCUUUCCUGCCGCUUGCUUUUGCGCAGACACACUCGGACUGCAAUCCUCUGGAGAAGUCAUCAUGUCCCUCAGACACCGGCCUGAACGCCAAAAGCAUCAAGACCGACUUUACACAAGGCGCCAGCGAUGAUUGGAAAGUCACAGCCGGAGAGAUCAGCUACGGGUCGCAAGGAGCAGAAUUCACCAUCUCGGAGUCCGGGCAAGCACCGACGAUCGCGACGAACUUCUACUUCCUGUUCGGGCAAAUGUCGAUUAUGAUGCGGGCAGCGCCAGGGACGGGCAUCAUCAGCAGCGUGGUGAUGGAGUCAGACGACCUGGACGAGAUCGACCUGGAGUGGCUGGGCGGCAACAACGCCGAGGUCGAGAGCAACUACUUCGGCAAGGGCAACACGUCGACGUACGACCGGGCCGUGUACCACGGCAUGCCCGACACGCAGAACCGCAUGCACAACUACACGAUUGUCUGGACCAGCUCCUUCACCACCUGGUACCUGGACGGCACUGCCGUGCGCACCCUCAACUACCAGGACGCCGUCGCCGGCCAGAAUUACCCCCAGACCCCCAUGAAUCUGCGCAUUGGCACCUGGGCCGGCGGCGACAAGAACAACGACGAGGGCACCAUUGGCUGGGCCGGCGGCGUCACGAACUACAACGACGGCCCCUUCACCAUGUACGUCGAGAGCGUCGAAAUCAUCAACUACAGCCCCGCAGAGAGCUACAGCUAUGGCGACAACAGCGGCGCCUGGAGGAGCAUCGAUCUUGAGGGUGGCGAGGUCAACAGCAACCAGGAUGGCGCCUACGCUUCCCCCACCACCAGUAACACGGCUACUACGAGCACGAGGGCCGGCAUGUGGUGGACCGAGAGCGCUGCGGCGGUGCAGAAGGCCGCCGGUGGCGCGUAUAUGGAGAGCGCGAAUGCAGGCAGGUGUUUGGUUGUUGCUGUGGUGGGUGUCGUGGCGGGAUUGAUGUUGUUUUAAUGAGGCAUGACGAGCUUAUAUAUGACUUAAUGACCUACUAAUAUGUAUUUUUAUGACCAUUGGGGUUCCUAUGUUUUCGCAUUGUGAAGUCGCGAUCGUUGGAAACUCCUGACAAGUUAGACUAGAUUUAGCUUGAAGAACGCAAUUGAUCAGCUAGCUGG